AUGGCCACCCUGCCCAAAGACUUCGCUGCUAUUCCGCGCCUGCCCCUUACUUUCUCGACACCGUUGCUCAUUGAGCCUCUGGAUCGUUUGACCUCGCACCUCAUCCAGCACGGUCAAGCUCCCGCACGCUUGUUUGUAUGUCGUGAGGACAUGAACAGUGGCCUAGGAGGUGGCGGCGGAAACAAGCUGCGCAAGUUAGAAUAUGUCUUGGCCGAUGCUGCAGCUAAGACUCCCCGGCCUGAAUAUCUCGUCACCGAGGGUGGGAUCCAAAGCAACCAUGCUCGUCAGGUUGCAGCAGCUGCUGCGAAAUUGGACUUCAAAUCCGUCUUGGUCAUUAGCGAUAUCGUCCCUGGGAGAAGCCAUGGCUCGGACUCUCACCUUUGUAGAAGCUACAACGAGCAGGGCAAUGUGCAAGUUACGGAGCUCAUGUCGGCGGCACGCGAAGCACAUCCUGCGGUAACGGCCAAGGAGCUCCUGGAUACUAAACGCGCAUAUUGGAUCCCGUCUGGCGCGUCGACACAUCCACUGGGGGGGCUGGGUUACGCAAAAUGGGCAUUUGAGCUGGCCGAGAGGGAACGGGCCACGGGCGUCUUCUUCGACUCCAUUGUGCUUGCAGUCAUGUCCGGGAGCACGCUUGCUGGUAUGGUUGCCGGCUUUGCGCUGGUGGACGAGCUUCAAAGGCAAGCGAGCAAAGUACCACGCCGACGACGAUUGAUAGGCGUGGCAGCAGGGCCAAAGUCCAGGGAAGACUUUGUCAAACUUGUAUCUGGAAUUGCAGAAACGACUGGCCGGAAAAUCGGGCUCGACCAACCUGGCUUCACAGAGAACGCCUUCGAAGUUGACUUGCGGUGGCAUGGCGAUGCGUAUGGCCGGCUAGAUGACAGGACUAGGAAGUACAUCAAGCUGGCGGCGACUACUGAAGGUCUGAUACUUGAUCCCGUCUACUCUGGGAAGGCUUUGACCGGUGUUUGCGGCAUGGUAGAAGCAGGCGAGCUCCGCGGCAAUAUUUUAUUUGUGCAUACCGGCGGUGUGUUGAGUCUAAGCGCUUAUCCUGACAUGAGAUGA